AAACAGCAUUUGGAAACAGGUUUAGUCCCGGGGUGCCUGUCACUGGGUAAUGGUCUUCCACUAAAUAUUACUGAAAACCAGUGUUUGUGUUUUUGGCUUAUAAUAAAGUUGCAAAAUUCACAAUUCUCAUUCCAUUCUGUGAUCGUAUUUAUAGUUUUACGGAGGACUCAAAAUUAUAUACUUACACAUGACGGCGGUUCAUUUUUAAUAAGGCUUGUGUGAAUGGCACCAGAAAUAUACAGUAUAGUAAGAUCAUCAAUGUAUAUUGGAAAUUGGUUGUCAUCUUUCCCCGUUAUCAAUAUAAAGCGAUGACAAAGAAAUUAGCGACAUAAUGAUUUGGUUAAGCUCUUUACAUCUGAGAGUACUGUGACACCUCAUAUUGCCAUAAGUUAAAUUCUCCAACCAUUUUUUUUUAAAUCAUCCUGCUUGGAUUUUAAAAAAUGCAUGCCAAUGUUGCUUCUGAUCGCGGUGGUGGAGGCGGAUCGUGGAGACUUCCCCCGGAUGAGACAUUGCAAGUUCAAGAUCCAAAGCAAAAAGAUCAGGACUUGGACUUGGAUGAAGGACACAACUGGCGUAGUAUAAUCUUCUCUUUAUUGGUUAUUAGUUUCGUAAUAGCUGGAAUAAUAACUGCUAUAUAUUUACUGGGAUAUGUGGAUGAACUACUAUAUUGGUCGGGUCGAAGAAUGAUUCUCGAUGAGUAUUUGCAAGGUGAAUUGACGCCGACCCGAUUACAGCCAUCAUGGGUGACAACGAAGAAAUAUGUCUUUCAAUCAGACGAUGGAGGGCUUUCCCUAUUGGAUACUUCAGUAAACUCAAUAAAUAUUUUAGUAACAAAUCAUACCAUACGUCAGCUAAAUGUAAGGGGAUAUGAAUGUUCACACGAUCUGAAAUAUGUACUAUUCAGGCACAAUGUAAAGAAGAUAUUUCAGAAAUCCUUUACUGCGUUUUACACAAUCUAUGAUGUAGAUAAUGACCACCAUAUGCCUGUGAAGUUAAAAGACUCAUCGAAGGUGCAAAGAACCCGACUUCAAUAUGCUGCCUGGCUGGGAAACACAACUUCAAUCAUCAUUGUUGCUGACAAUGAUAUAUUUGUAAGACAAUCUCCAUCCAUGGAAGAAGAUAUAAGAAUAACAAUGACAGGUCAAGAAAACAAUAUUUAUAACGGAGUUCCAGAUUGGCUUUACCAAGAGGAAAUUUUUGAUAUACCGGAAGCUAUAUGGUCAUCCACUGAUGGAAGUCACUUUAUUUUCGCCUCAUUUAACGAUAGUCAUGUCGGGAUGAUGACAUAUCCAUGGUUAUCAUCUGGCGCCAUAAUUGCUGGUAGUGGUAUGUCAUCAGGAAGCUCAUUUCCUGAAACCAAAAAUGUACGGUACCCAACACCAGGCACUGCCAAUCCAGAAGUUCAGUUGUGGAUAGUCGACAUAACGAAUUUUACGUCCAUAAAUAAAGUGAAGUUAAUGCCGCCGCCUUCCCUCCUUAAACAAGAUUAUUACUUAACAUCAGCUGGCUGGGUAUCUGGUAGCAAUAAUCAAGUAUCUGUAGUUUACAUGGUGCGCUCUCAAAAUUAUAGUAUAAUAGCAACGUGCUCAAAGGAUACAAAUUGGUCAUGUGCAGAAAUUCAUUCUGAGCGCGCACCCGAAGAUGAAUGGCUAGAUAUUUUUCCGCAUCCUGUAUUUGCUCCAGAUGGAAACAGUUUUUUACUGCUAGCUGGCGUUCAGGAAUCGGGAAACGAUCAUUUUACUCACAUAAAACACAUAACAAUAUCGCAGCAAAGAAUUUCUGUAAUAUCCCAUGGCCGUUAUGAGGUUUUAAAAAUCUUAUGUUGGGAUACAACGAAUCAUAUAGUGUAUUAUCUUGCUACUCAAGAUAAAAAGCCUGGGCAAAGACAUUUGUAUUCAGUGAAGGAUCCCGUGCAUGAUGAUACCAGAAAAAGCGAGCCACAGUGCAUAACGUGCGAUUUAGGCGAAGCUUUAUGGAGUAGUAGAUAUUAUUAUACAAAUUGUUCCCAUUUUGACGCCUUCAUAACACCAUCAAAUGGAUUAGCAACGAACUAUGGAAUUGAUUUCUAUAUCCUUGAGUGUCAAGGUCCAGGAUUACCGGUAUCUGGGGUGCAUACUCAGAGGACGCACAGCCUUGUGAAAAUCCUGUAUGAUACGCGACCAUUUUACACAGAAAGAUUACAAAAAUUAGCAUUACCAAUACAAAGAUCAUUUGAAAUACCAUUACCGCAUGGUAGUCGUGCGCAAGUGCAAUUGCUUUUGCCCCCAAGCUGGCGAGAAGAACUCCGAGAUGCAGCGUUUCCUGUUGUUGUCGAAGUCAAUGGCCGGCCGGGUUCCGAGUCUGUUUCUGAAAAGUUUAGAAUAGAUUGGGGAACAUACAUGUCCUCAAGAAAUGAUGUUAUUUAUGUGCGCUUGGAUGUUAGAGGAGCAAAAGGCCAAAGCAAAAAGUCUUUAUAUCGUCAUUUGGGGGGAGUCGAAGUUCAAGAUCAAAUAUCUGUUUUAAGAUAUCUAUUGGAUACCAUAAGCUUCUUGGACGAAACAAGAGUUGGUAUUUGGGGCUGGGGCUAUGGAGGAUAUGUGACCUCUAUGGUUUUGGGAACUCAGCAAGAUGUCUUUAAGUGCGGCAUAUCGAUUUCCCCUAUUGCUGAUUGGUUAUAUUAUAAUUCUGCCUUUACUGAACGCAUAUUGGGUCUACCUGCGGAAAACUAUAAAGGAUACGUAGAAGCUGAUGCAACUCAACGUGCUCGACUUAUUAAAUCAAAUUCUUUUUUUUUAAUUCACGGCUUAGCAGACUCUACAGCACCCUACGUCCAUGGUGUUCAAUUAGCUAAAUCAUUAACAGAAGCAAAUAUAUUAUAUCGAUAUCAGACUUAUGCUGAUGAAGGUCAUGAACUAAAUGGAGUCUUAGAGCAUGUAUACUCUUCAAUGGAGCAUUACUUUGCAGAAUGCUUGAGCUUGGAUCCAGAUGAUACUAAGCCGGAUUUGGAUCAAAAUAUGGUACCUGCUGAGUAGCAGUGUUAAAGAACCUUGGAAAUGUACAUAGAGUAGACUAAAUAUUAUAAUAUUACACAGAAUUUGAAUUGUUAUACCAUUAUAUUUAGAUACAUUGGUUGUUUUCAAACGAAGGAAAAUGAAAAAACGAAAUAUGGCUCAUAAAUUGCUUUAUUCUAAUACAGAAAUAGUACUUAUGCCACAAAAUUUAAAGUUACACAAAAUAUCCUUCGAUCGAUGGUUGUAUUGUGUAUGUAUUGUAAAUUUUGUCUUAAAUAUUUUAUAAAAUCUUAAGUGCAUAUAACUUCCAAAGAGCCACGUACUCGUUGGAGCUAAUUACAUGCUUCCUUUUCUAGUCCUUCCCAUAUAUAUAUAUAUAUAUAUACUAGUGGCAGUGGUUUUAAAAACAUACUAUUUAUACUGCUUUCAGUAACCUCAUUAAUAAGCAAUCUACAUAUUUGGUCUGUUAGAUUAUGUAAUUCGAUUUUGUUGUGAAAACAAUUUUUUGUUUUUGUAUAAAAAAAUAAAAAUAACAUCAUAGACUAAGCCGUUUUACAAAGUUCUAAAUUUUAAUUUAAUUUAUAUUUUCAUAUCUUCUUACAUAAUAUUGGAAUCCACGAUGAGAAGUAUCUUAACAAUCGUAAAUGCAAUCAGCUUAUUAAAAUGUGAACUGCCUGCCUUUCAAGAGAUAUACUGCUGCCCUCAAUGUAUAGAUCCUAAUGUCCUAGCUACUCGACUCGAUUUGCCUAUAAGUAUUUCAAUUAUCUCAAAGUUAUUAUUAAAAGCAAAUUGGCAAAACGUUCGAAGAUUUUUUCACAGUCGUAAAAGUUUUUUUUUUUUAAUACAUACUAUGUUAGGGCUAACUUUAUCGGCACUUGUCUUUGUUCUUUGUUCUCGUUGCGUUGAAAUAUAAAUGUAUUUCAUAUUGUGUCAGUAAGAAAACAAAAACUGACAAUUUAGAAUCGUAAAAUUGUAUAGAAUAAUAUAAAUUGUUUCAAAAUAAUAUUUUUUACACUGUAUAAUAAUUUACAAGCCACUUAUAACUAUUUAAGAUUCGGAUUUCCGAAAGUGUUACUUAAUUAAUUUAUAUUAUAAAAUAAAUAUGGUGAUUAGAAAUUUUA